AUGAAUGCUCCCGUCAUCACACCAGCUCCCGGCGCAAACCUGGCAGAGCGACAAGAAAAGCCCCUGGGGUUGCCGACUUUCACGCCUGCAGGGUCCUGCCUUACCGACACAUUUGUCAGAACAACAACAUGUGACCGUGGAUCAGCAUGCUCCUACUACCAGCUCGGCAAGCUCGCCCGUGACUCGGCUUGUUUCCCAGAUCCUUCACGGCACCCCGCCACACAAUGUCCCGUCUCGUACGAAGCUGUGUCGUCGUCCUUGAGCAAAGACCUCGAUGGUCAGACUACCGUCAGCCUAUUUUGUUGUCCAUCAGGGCACAACUUCGAGUACAGAGAUACGAAACCUUUCGGUACGAUCACUGCAUCUUCCACACCUGGCCCCGCAUUCGUCUUCAGCUGCGUUGCCUCCAGCCUGGGGCCGGGUUCCCAGACACAACUGACACUUGCUCCGUCGACAAACGGCCCCACAACGUCGGGGCCCGGGAUCUCGACAGUCACAUUCAACUACGGCUCCGACUAUCUGGUGGCCACGCCAGUGAGUCUCCACUCUCAACCUCAAGCAAGUUCAGUCACCACUCACCACAGCCACCCAGCCAUGUCAAAUCAGAUUGCGUCGCCUGUCGUCGACGCGACGGGCAAGACGCGCCUGCGCGCUGCUCUCGAGAAGGCAAAAAGAGGAGAAGGUCCUUGUGUUGGACAAUGGCUCGAGUUCCCAGGCUACACUCUGGCCAGGACGGUGGCGCCGCUGGGUGCAGAUUGGGUUCUCGUCGACACGGAGCACGGCAACAUCGACGACCGUGAUAUGUACCUACAAGUCGGGGCCAUCUCGUCAUCAGGAGUGUCACCGAUCGUCAGGAUUGCAGGGUCCGAGCCGUGGAUGAUCAAGCGGGCGUUGGACUGCGGGGCGCACGCGAUCAUGGUGCCCAUGUGCGAGACUCCGGAACAAGCACAAGCCAUUGUCCGCGCGGCCAAGUACCCAUCCGCAACAUGGUCCCAGGGCAUCCGCGGCGCCGGCGGCAUGUUUGCCCCGGCCAACUUCAACCAAAACGGGCGCGAGUACCUCCUCAGCGCCAACGACAACGUCAUGGUGUGCGUGCAGAUCGAGUCGCGGCUCGCCGUCGAGAACGUCGAGGCCAUCGCGGCGGUCGAGGGCAUCGACAUGCUCUUCAUCGGGCCCAACGACCUGGCCUCCUCCAUGGGCUACGUCGCCUUCGACCACGCCUCCAUAUCCGAGGUGCAGGAGGCGACGGCGCGCAUUCUCAACGCCGGCCUGGACGCGGGCAAGUACGUCGGCCACUUCGCGCUGAGCGCCGAGGUGGCGGCUGCCAAGGUGAAGCAGGGCUUCCACUUUGUCAACUGCGGCGCGGACAUCGUGGCGAUCACGGCCUGGAUGUCGACCGAGAUGGGCAAGCUCAAGAGCCUGUUGGCGGAGAGCAAGAAGAGCCAGACUAAUGGCACGAAGCCUGACAUUGGCUAUAGUUGA